AUGAGGACGGGGUUCUAUCUGACCGCGGCACUGGCACCGCUGGUUUCCGCCUUUGCCAAUACAUCGCCGUUGUUUCUUUAUUCUACGGAGAACUUGCCACACAGUAUUCAGAAGGAUGGGCUCCAGAGUUUUGGGACCGGUGAACAGUUUCUCGACGCCGUCAAGAGAACCAUCUCACAAUGCACUUCCGACGCAUAUAUUUUGGUUCUACAGCCGGGAAUACACGAGAGCGACUUCAGGGAUCCCAAGAGUGCCCCUCAAAUUCGGAAAUUUACAGAAACGAAUAGGUUCUUGGGUGUGAUGGAUGCAGUUGGGACGGUCGAUUUAAACAUAAUUGAGGAUUAUGUCAAGAGCAGGUGUCAGGCACACUCUGUGACGGUGGAUGCCAGCACGAGCUCUUUCAACAGCUUCGAUGAGAACGCGACGGCACAAGUUAUUAAAUUGGAUUUCCCGGUUCUACCACUACACGGCGAGGCACGAAAGAACGGACAUAGCCAGAAUGAUAAUUUCCUCUCUGCUCUCAUUUCUAUGAUUCCGAGCGCGAGAUACACCGUCGUCUACGUCUCGACGCCACUUGGGGAUCCAAGGCUCUUCGUCCACGAUAAAAAACCCGAGCCGGAAGAACACGAACACCAAAGUUUUGUUGAACACCAAAGUCUCUUGUCCCGAGACGUCAAGCCUGAGGAGAAUGAUAAGGAAGAGAAGAGCGUUGGAGGAUUACUGUCGAACUAUCAGUUCCUCACACCAGCACUUCUAUGGGGUAUACUGCUCGGCUUGUUCCUUUUCUACGUCGCUAGCAAGGGACUUGGCCUUUUGAGCUCUAUUCAAGUAUCAUAUGCAUCCUUCGAGAAAGACGCCGUUGCGCAAGACCCGAAGAAGCACAGAUAG